AUUACAAAAUACUCAGAAAACACAAAACUAUAAUAACUCUGGUAGUAAUAGCAGACGUAGCAGUACUAGUGGUAGUAGUAGUAAUAGUAGUAGUGGUUAACUUUUACUGCAGUUCCACCUCCAACCAGCAUGAGGUGCUAAGAACUCGGGCGCCUUUAUCAUCACUUCCUCUUUGAAAACAAAAUGGGUGGCGCCAAAGCUUGACAACAAAGCGGCUGUUUGCUGCCUGUAACGGUCGUACAGUUAUUCUUUAUGUAAACUACGUUUCUUUACCUUGACAUCUUCGUCAAAACUCAGCUGAGCAGCGGCGGGAAGGAGAGUUUUCCCAUUUUGAAUAAAACUUUUUUUUUCACUUCCCUGCUGUACAAAUGUCAACAUGGCUGCGAAGACUGACCAACUUCUCAUCGUUCUGUCCAUUCUGGAAGGUCGUCACUUCCCAAAGAGUCCUCGGCUCAGUCUGGUGGUUCAGGCGAGCUUUGAUGGAGAGCAGCUGGCCACGGAUCCUGUAGAGCACAGAGAGCAACCGCAGUUCAGCACCGAGCUGGCCUGGGAGCUUGACCGCAGGACGCUGCACCAGCACAGACUGCAGCGAACUCCCAUCAAGCUUCAGUGUUUUGCUGUUGACCCUGUCAGCAAGAAAAAAGAAAGCGUCGGCUACAUUGUCCUUGACCUUCGAUCAGUUCAGGAGGUCAAACAGGAGUCACGCUGGUAUCCACUGCUCAGCAGUAAGUACACCAAACAGAAACCUUCCCUUCUGCUCAGCAUGGUGUUGGAGAAUGACAACAAGCCCUCUGAACCUUCACCUGAUAGGUUCAAAGCCAAGAAGGCCCCGCCCCGACAAGGUUCCUCCUCGGUGACCGAUCUACUCCCAGAGAAGCUGGAGGCCAUACUGAUCCCAGACCAGGGAUACCAUCAAGUAGGGCCGGCAGAUCUUUGCACCGACAUGUUUGUCCUUUCUGUCACCGUGGCCUUCGCAACCAAACUAGAGCAGUUGGUCCCCAGCACCAUGAAACUGUCAGCGGAGGGCUCAGAGUUCUUCUUCUACUAUUCUUUACUGGGGAAUGACAUAACCAGCGAGCCUUUCCACAACCUCCUGAGUCCUGACUUUGAGCCAGAGCGCGCAUCUGUGCGCAUCCGCACUAGCAAACAGAUCCUCAAAGCCUUCCUGUCUCAGCAGCCCAGUUUACAGAUCCACCUGUGCUGUGGGAAUCACUCUUUGGGCAGCACUGACAUUUCUCUCUCAGCUCUGGCUGGUAUUUCCACGGAUCUGGAUAACAAAGCAGCGACACUAGAGGGAGCCUUUCUCUUGCAGCCUCCGAAGCGAGUCAAGCAGACGCUGCCUGCUCUGCCCACUGACCUGCAGCCGACUCUGGGAGUGGCUGUAACCCUGAGGAGGGAGGAGGUCACACUGCAGCAGUCUGUGGGGAAUAAAAAGGCUAGUGGAGCGCUGUCUCCUGCUGUUCCUCCUGCUGAACAGAGACCUCGAAGCUCUUCUCCAGUCCAUAAGCCUGCAGGGUCUCCUCCACAUCCUGGUCCUCUGGGUCCUCCUCUCCCUCCUCCUUCAUCUCAUACAGAGAGCGAAGCAGAGAGUCUGCUGGAUGAGCUCCGGCACGGCAGAGAGCCGACAGGAUUGGCAGCUACAGUUUUCGAGGCUCCAGCAUCGCUGCCCAGACAGCCUGAGGCUGCAGCGGAUGGUGGAAUGUCAUCCGUCAGUGUUUCUGCUCCCAAAGUCUCCAUCCCCCCCUCCGCUCAUCACUACUGCUUCUCUCUGGACCUUCGCAGCCUGAGAAACCUCAGCUUACCCCACCCCAUUGCUGCUACGCUCAGGUACUCCUACCAGUUCUUUGGCAGUGCUGCUCCGAUCAUGACUAACCCUCCUGUGGAGCUGCAGAGGAACACGGAGGUGUCUCUGCCUCAGUCCUACUGCGCCUUCGACUUUGCUGCCCUGCCACAGCAGCUACAGGAAACCUUCAGCAGAGUUCCUCUGGUGGUGGAGGUUUGGCAUAGAGAUACAACCAGCCGUGACCAGCUGAUUGGACGAGCCUCCAUCCAACUCUCUCAGCUGUUGAGCACUGAGAAGAGCAGAUUCCUGGGAUCAACUGGAGAGCAGUGCUGGAGACAGACUCACCUGGACAGGAUCCCUGUGGUCCAAAAACACCGGCCUAGUGAGAAGGUGGCAGAGUUGGGCUACAUGGCAACGCUAGAGGACCUGGGAUUGGUUAAAGCCACAGAGGUCAUAGUGUCUGACUCAUCACAGAAUGAAGUUGCACCUCGCUCGCAGCCAUCCUUCCACCCUGCAGUGCCCAGACCUGCAGCUUCCAGCCUCCAAACAGCGCCACUGGGUCCUACAGUCCCCAGAGAGACUCUGGAGUACCGCACAGCCCUGGAGCUGGAGAUGUGGAAGGAGGAGCAGGAGGAUCUGUUUGAUGAUCAGCUGAGGAAGAAGGAGCUGAGCCACAUGCAGGCGUUAGCAGAAGAGUGGAGGAGGAGAGACCGAGAGAGAGAAGCUCUGGUCAAGAAGAAGGAGGUGGAGUAUAACCUGCUGGAGGAGCAGCUUCAGAAGACUUUGUCUGAUCUGGAGAAGAGAGAGAAACAGUUGGCUGAGGCUGAGCUGGAGACUCAGAGGCUGCAGAGGGAGCUGCGGGCCGAGCAUGAGCUGACCCAGAGGGAACUGCAGGAGAGCAGCAGGCGACUGCGACAGGAGUGCGACCACCGGGUGGCGCUAGAGAGAGAAAAAGUCCGAUUGAUGGAGGAGGAACGAGCACGGUUACUGCAGCAGAUUGCAGAUGGUGAGUCUCGGUACAAACAACUGGAGAAAGAGUUCCAGCUGUUCAGAGAACAACAGAACAUCAGACCCGAGUUCAGACUGCAGUCAGAGAUCAACCUGCUCACCCUAGAGAAGGUGGAGCUGGAGAGGAAGCUGGAGUCCGCCACUAAAUCCAAGCUACACUACAAGCAGCAGUGGGGGCGUGCCUUAAAGGAGCUUGCUCGAUUCAAACAGCGGGAGCAGGAAAACGCCAUGACGCGUCUGAAGAAACAACAGGCUGAGCUCGAAGCCAUGAGGCUGCGUUACCUAGCAACGGAGGAGAAGGAGGCGGUCCGACAGGACCGACAGGAGCUGGACAGCAUCAGGAACGAGCUCAACAGGUUAAAACAGCAAGAUGACAGAUUAGGCCCCACCCCCUCUGUGCUUGACCCCGCCCCCGGUCUGGCUCUGAGCGAGAGCGCCGAGGAGCACCUGAGCCGCCUGUUGGAAGAGAGAGACGCGUUGCUAAGGACUGGAGUUUAUACCCACGAAGACCGAAUCAUCGCCGAGCUCAACAGGCAGAUACAGGAAGCCAUGACGGACAGAGGGAAGCUCUGACCGCUGCUGCAGCCGUCCAAUCAGAGUCUGAGUCAUACCUGAGGCUGCAGAACUCAAGCGCAUGAUGGUGGAUGAACUCUCCCGGAGUCCUGAAGCUUCGACAGCGUCUGUUACAUAAAUCAACCUCUAUUUAAAAUCUGUGUUUAUCUGUGAACGAGUGAGUGUUGUAUAAAAACUCAGAGUUUUGCUUUUAAAGCAUCAUCCUGCUGAUUUUCAGUGUUUUACCUUUAAAAAGACAAAUGCAUAACGUUCAAGGACACUGCAACAUUCACUGAGUGUCUGUUAGUGUAUUAACUGUGUAAAUAGACUCGUCCUUCAUUUGUUGUGUCAGUGAACGCACCACAGACUCAAACGAUGAUUAGUUAAUUGUUCGAUUUCUUCCUUUAUUUCAUGUUUUGUGAAUAUCUGAAAAAGAUAUUCGGUUUAGUUUAACAGAGGAUCAGGAAAACUUCCUUUUUUUUCACUCCAUGCAGAUAAAUUUAUUUUGUUGAAGUUAUUAUGCUCAUUUUUACAUAAUGGCUGCUUAGGAAGCAGAGAAUAAAUUAUAAUAUAAUAAAAACUAACUUUUGAUUUUUGGAUCUUGUUAAAAUCAACAAGAUCGGAUGUUUCUUUACUAAAAACAGGAAACCAGCAGAGUGAUCCAUGAGAGCCUGAAGCAUUACUGAGUAAAUGUUCUUUUUAAGUUAUUAGAGACUCUGACGAGCCUGUGUGCAGUGUUGAGGAGUUUUUCCGUCUGACAGCAGGUGGCGCUGUAGCCUCAGAAACUCUCCUGCAAACACUGAGAUCUAAUUUAUUUUUUAAUGAUCAGAGAUGACUGAUCUGUGUGCACGUGUGGAAUAAAUUAUUUUGAGAGAAAAGCUGCUGUGUGUCUUUCAUUAGUGUUUUUAGAGAGCAGAUCAGUAUGUUUACUCAUCAUUAAAAAUGUUAAAUUCUCCUGAAACAGUUUCUUUUAAAUAAAUUCAUUUCUCUGUUCGCCAGUAAAUGUAAAUAUGAGAAUAUUUCAUUGGAGUCCUGAUUGUGAUUUUAUUCUAAACCAAAUGAGGAGGAAGAAUUACAGAUGAUGUAAAAAUGAAUCUAUAACUGCUGUUGCUCAUUGGACUGGAGCUUUAGUACUCGAGUAAUACAGGACGCAAGUAACUGAGUGAGGUCAUUUAUGAUGCACACUUCCAUGUGCCAUUGGGAUAUUUUAAAUUCUCAAAAUAUUCCCUACAAUCCAUCCAAUUGAUUAUUAAACUGUAAGUUCUGCAAAGUUUCUGUUAAUUACAGCUGUUAGAAUUAUUUUUUUUAAAGCAGUAAAUAUAGCAGAGUAUAUUCUAAAAAUGCAAAACACUUUUAGGUCCAAAGUAAAAUGAAACAAAGCUGAAGAUGGACUGCGCUGAGCAGACAGACGACAUGUGUUAUAACAUGUAGAACAUGUUCUCUCACACACGCAGAUGCAUUAGUGUGUGCUGACGGUGAGCAGAUGUUCCAGCUCAUCCAUGCAGACGAGGACGAGAGGAAGACGUGAAGAAAAAGUCAAGUGAAAAAAUGUUGAUGUUUAAAGCGAAAUCCUUUCAAGUCUUGUCGGCUUUCUGCGUUUUUACCCCCAGCUUUUAAAACUUCAGUUCAAUUUGCUGCAUAACAAGGAUGUAAAAUGAUGCUCAGAUGUUAGUGACCCUCUCACUGUUUUUAUUCUGAAAAAUGUUUUUACUUGAUAAGUUUCCAAAGAAAGCCAGGAGCAGCUGUGAUGCAAAAGUGAUGUUAUUUACAAACUGAGUUGGCACCUCUAGUUGUAUCUCUCCUCUUUUUGAUUUUUUUCAUAUCAGACAUCAUUAUGUCAUAAUUACACCUAAUGAGACAAUUGAAACAAGAGGACUUUGAACUGAAACAAUGGAAAGGAUGAUCCAACUCCUUCAAGUCUCUUUCAAAGGAUGGCAGUUGUUUCCAGUUGUCUUUUUGUGUCUAAAAUUUUGGAGCAAGUACAACCAAAAUGGAAAUAAAAUAGGGUUUUAAAAUCAAAACAUACGGACAGAAGACUCAAAGAAAAAUGCUUUUGAAAACAGAAAAUGCAACAAAAUAAAUGAAAAGCAGUCAGUGUUUGCAAGAGUGGGACAGAUGAAAUGAGAUUCACAUACAGGCUUUAAUUAUUUUCUUCCUUUUUUAAAGCCAGAAUGUUCACUUAUUAACCCUCUGAAGUCGUCAUCAGUGACAACCUGAAUCCAAUCAAUAACCUGAACUCUAAAAUCUAGGCAAUCAGAACCUGUCAUUUUUGGUUUUACUAAAUUGUCCUGCCUUUGCAAACAGCCAGCAAAGAAAAGUGUCAGUGGAAAUGCAGCACAACAAAUGCACCUUACACUUUUGCUCCUAAAAGUCCAUUUAGUCUUCCUUCAAAAUAUAGGGUUAGGGGUAUAAGAAAAGUAGGACUGUGUUAUAGCUGCUGCUAGUUGAAUGGUCAACCUUCAAAUAUUGUGAUUCCAUUUUUGCCAGAUGUUGGAUAUUGGAAAGUCUCGAAAGCCAUUCACUGAUGUCAGCGGGUCAUUUUUAAAAUGUUCUGCUGCUACUUUGUAGUGACUUACAGAAAGUCUUUGAUACAACAGAUUUUAGAGUAUUCAAGAAACGUGUGAAGAACAGGAUUGGAGCUAUAGCUCGCAUAUGGAUGAAAAGCAACAUGGAACAGACACCAGAGAAUUAAUGAUACAGUCAAUAGUUAAUAGUCAAAGGCCAUUUAAAGUAAUGAGACUAUAA